UUGAAAGAAAAUGUGUACAGCGUCGUAGAGGAGUAGUUAAUAAUGAAAAAAAAAGGAAUUGGUCAUUUUCUUAUUUAUUGAAAAACUCAGAUGGGUCAUUUAAAUAUGUAUGUAAGCAAUUUUAUUUAGCAACUUUGGGAUUUUCCAAGAACAAUGACUCUUUUAUUCAAAAAAUUUGUUCAAGCAGUGAAAAUAAUAGUUCUAUAAUUGUAUCUCCAUCAAAUAAUUCUAAACGAGAACCGUGGAACAAAAUAGAUGUAGAACCAAUUAAGUCUCAUAUAAAUUCAUUCAAUCCUUCAGUUGCACAUUAUAGAAGAGAACAUGCACCUUUAAAAAAAUAUUUGUCAAAUGAAAUUACAGUCACAUCUAUGUUGUCUGACUUUCAAGAAAAAAAUCCUGAUUUUAAGUGUUCAUAUGAUAUGUAUAGGCAAGUAUUAAAGAAAAUGAAUAUAUCAUUUACAAAACUUGGACAUGAAGAGUGUGAGUUAUGUGAAACUUUCUUUCAACAUGACCCAAAUCAUAAUAGACAUAAUGCUCAAGAAAACAGUGACUGUGAUGGAUGUAAAAAAUGGUCAUUUCAUUUUGAAAUGUACACAAACACCCGCAUUAAAUAUGAUGAACAAUAAAAAAAAAACCAAAAAUGGAGAUGAAUUGUAUGUAUCGGUCGACUUACAAAAAGUCAUCAUGUUACCAAGAAUGGACAAUUUCAAAGCUGCAAUUUUCACAAAGAGGGUCAUAGCAUUUAAUGAAAGUUUUGUUCCAGUCGGACCUAGAAGUUCAAUUAAACCCUUGGCAGUAAUAUGGCACGAAGGAAUAAGUGGUAGAAAACAAGAAGACUUGACAAGUUGUUACUAUGCUUUUUUUUUAUUUUACAAAGACAUGAAAAAAAUAACUAUUUGGUUAGACAACUGUUCUGCUCAAAAUAAGAAUUGGUGCUUGUUUACAUUUUUAUGAUUAAUUCUCAAGAACUUGAAACUAUGGUGAUCGAUAUUUUCUAUUUUCAACCAGGCCAUUGUUUUAUGUCUGCGGAUUCAUUCCACCAUCAGGUUGAACUUUCCAUGAAACAAAUGGGUAAAAUCUAUGACUUUUGUGAUUAUGAAAAAUCAAUAAAGAAUUCAAAUAAAGGCCAUGUUGAUGUUAAAGUAUUAGAUGGCAAAGAUUUUUUUGAUUGGAAGUCAGAAUGCUCUAUUUAUAAAUUAAAAAAAAAUAUUAAUCGUCCAAUGUUGAAUAGCUUAGUUCAUAUAAGAGCGGAAAGAGGACUCAAAUACUUAUUAUAUUCUUGUACAUAUGAUGAGUAUACUCCAUUAAGAAUGCUAGACUUUUUAAAACCUUCAUAUUUAAAAAAUGAUUUUGUAAGACCACAGCAAAAAAAUGAAUUAAGAGGCAUUCAACCAGAAAAAAAACAAAGUAUUAUACAAACACUAGUCCCACUUAUGCCUAAGAGCAGACAUCAAUUUUGGUUUGAUUUUCCUACAUCAGAUUUAGUCAAUGACUUAUAUGAAGAAUCUGAAAAUUAGAAACUGCUAUAUGAAAU